ACUAUAGACCGAGUUUGAAGGCUUCUUCUCAGUAGUCGGUUUCAAGUUCAAUGCAUUUUCAUCUCUCUCCAGUCUGCACUUUCUUCUCCUCCGUCACAUGUCCUGACACUGUUCCAGGUCCCACCACCUUCAACCGAAUCAGAAACUGUGUGCUAUAAAUACUUAUACCUUUUCAUGGUCCCAAUCAUUGAUGAAAAAUCUUCUUUCUAGUUUUGAUUACUCUUCCACUUGUGGGGUCUCAAAAAGUUUGGUGUUGUUUCUAUGAUCAUCAUAGUUGGAUUCUUAAGCUACACACUGAAACAGAAUCACUAGUCCAGAAACAGAAACAGUGAACAAAAAAAAAACAGCAUCAGAUUCAGUGAUGGAUUCAGUUUGUUCAGCCAUGAGUGCCACCAAUCUGGUUAAAGUCAGUGAAGGAGCUGGAAGAAGCACUGGAAGUGGUUUCUGGGGUGAGACUACAAGAGGGAGUCAGAAAGCAAGUUUCUUGAGUAUUCAAUCAUGCAAGAGCAAGAUUUCUCAAACCCAUAUCAAAGUUAGAAACUUCAAGCCAAGAGGAACUGGGGUUGCACGCGCUGUUAUCACAUCAGACAUCAAUGAAGAAGAGUCCACGGCAUUUCAGGAGUCACACACUUUUGAGACUUCUAAAGCAGACCCAAAAAGUGUGGCUUCCAUCAUAUUGGGUGGAGGUGCAGGAACUCGCUUAUUUCCUCUUACUAGCAGAAGAGCCAAGCCUGCAGUCCCUAUUGGAGGAUGUUACAGGCUCAUAGAUAUACCAAUGAGCAAUUGCAUCAAUAGUGGCAUUAGGAAAAUAUUCAUUUUAACACAGUUCAACUCUUUCUCCCUCAAUCGCCACUUGGCCCGGGCAUACAAUUUUGGAAAUGGCAUGAAUUUUGGAAACGGUUUUGUGGAGGUCUUGGCUGCUACUCAAACACCUGGAGAGGCAGGGAAGAAAUGGUUCCAAGGGACAGCUGAUGCUGUGAGGCAAUUCAUAUGGGUUUUUGAGGAUGCCAAGAACAAGAAUGUUGAGCAUAUUUUGAUACUUUCUGGGGAUCAUCUUUACCGGAUGGACUAUAUGGACUUUGUACAGAAACAUAUCGACACAAAUGCUGAUAUCACGGUUUCAUGUUUACCCAUGGAUGACAGCCGUGCAUCAGACUUUGGGCUGAUGAAAAUUGAUAAAACAGGACGGAUAGUGCAGUUUGCAGAGAAACCUAAAGGAUCGGAUCUGAAGGCAAUGCAUGUUGACACUACCCUCCUAGGGUUAUCUCCAGAAGAAGCAAAGAAUAAUCCUUACAUUGCAUCCAUGGGUGUCUACGUGUUUAGAACCGAGGUCCUGCUGAAACUAUUAAGAUGGAGCCAUUCUUCGUGCAAUGACUUUGGAUCUGAAAUUAUCCCAUCUGCUGUGAGUGAUCACAAUGUCCAGGCAUAUUUGUUCAAUGACUACUGGGAAGAUAUUGGAACUAUAAAGUCCUUCUUUGAUGCAAAUCUGGCCCUAACAGAACAUCCUCCAAAAUUUGAAUUCUAUGAUCCAAAGACACCUUUCUUCACUUCCCCAAGAUUCCUACCACCCUCUAAAGUAGAAAAAUGCAAGAUUGUGGAUGCAAUUAUUUCUCACGGCUGCUUCUUGAGGGAGUGUAAUGUUCAACAUUCUAUUGUUGGAAUACGCUCACGUUUAGAGUCUGGUGUGGAGCUUCAGGAUACCAUGAUGAUGGGUGCUGAUUACUAUCAAACUGAGACGGAAAUUGCAUCUCUGGUGGCAGAAGGAAAGGUUCCAAUUGGUGUUGGAGAAAAUACCAAAAUCAGGAAUUGCAUAAUCGACAAGAAUGCCAAGAUAGGAAGAAAUGUGGUUAUUGCAAAUACCGACGGUGUUCAAGAAGCGGAAAGACCUAAGGAAGGAUUCUACAUCAGGUCGGGCAUCACAGUUACACUGAAGAAUGCAACAAUUAAAGAUGGAACAGUCAUUUGAAGUACUUCAAAUUAUCCAGUGGUAUUAAUCUUCAGAGUUUAGACAUAAAUCUUUAGUAUAGUAGUUAACUCGCCGACAUAUAGGUAGAUGAAAUGUUUUCCAAAUAAGAAGUUAAGAGCUCAUCUGUUUCUGAAUAAGAUUAUAGUAUAUUUCUUAUUUCUAUCAGCUGUUAUAAGCUGAUAAGAGUUAUAUCUAUAAGAUUAAGUAUUUGUAGGACACCUAAGUGUAACGCUGUAUCAGAAAUAGGUCAUUUUGGCCCUCAUUUUCCA